AUGAAUAAUAACAGUUAUAAAAUAUCAAUCGCGACCCUCAACUGUUGUGGCCUCAAAAAAACAAAUAACCCCAAAAAAAGACAACAAUUUAUUCGGUAUCUUCGAUCAUCAGGCUUUAACAUUUUGGUACUCCAAGAAACACACGCCAACGACGAAACUACCAUUCAACAAUUUAAUUUACAAUUCCAAAGCAAAUGGAGCACAUGA